AUGAAUCUGCUGCUACUGCUGCUGCUGUUCUGCGGCCACAGAACAUGGGCCACAUCCCUCAAUAAUCGGAUUGUGGGUGGAGUGCAGAUCCCCAUUGAGGUGGUACCCUGGCUGGCCUCGCUCUCUGUCCAGGGCAACCAUAGCUGCGGCUCGGCAUUGAUUACCUCGCGGUGGCUCGUGACGGCGGCCCACUGUGUCCUCUAUCCGGAGAGGUACUCUGUCCGUGCCGGCUCCUCGUCCGUUCGAGAGGGAGGCCAGCAACGGGCUGUGGUCAAGAUCCUCGUGCAUCCAGGUUUCAGUUCGCACACACUCGUCCAUGACAUUGCCCUGCUCCAAACGCGUGAGCCCUUCAAACUGGGGGGCAAUGUGCAAUUGAUAAAGCUUCCUCUGCCCGGCCUCAGUGUGCUGCCCCAGACACUGCUCGUCGCCGGCUGGGGAACAGUGCACGAGAGAGCGAACGCCACGGAGGCCAGGCUGCGGGGCACCCUGGUGCAGAUCAUCGAUCAGCGUCGAUGCCGACGCCUCUAUGGCGUAUGGGGACGCCCCAUCACGGAUAACAUGCUCUGUGCGGCAGCAGCUGGAAGGGAUCACUGCUAUGGCGAUUCGGGCUCUCCUCUGGUGCAUGCAGGCAGCAGCUACGGCAUUGUGUCCUUUGCCCACGGCUGCGCGAAUCCACGUUUCCCCGGGGUCUACACCAGACUGGCCAACUAUGUGUCCUGGAUAUUCGGUGUGCUGAAAAGUGAAGCCAAUUAA